GACGUCAUAAUCUCCCACAAUCCGUUAACCCCACAAGAAAUAGCUAAGAUAUUUCCCUUAUCGAUUACAUUCGGUGGUGAUAUCGCCUGGAUUAUUAAAUCUCGGUAAUUUAUAAGGUGAAGCAUAGUGGAGAAAGUGAGAGUGGAGUGAGGAGAGGCGGGAGCGGACACGUGGGGGGAGAGGAGAGUGUUGUGGUGUGAUCAGCUGUCAGGCGGCCGGGGUACUCUCUCUCCCGCGUCUCUCUCCAGAUUUAUUCCCUAAGCAGCCACCUGGUCCUCGAGGCAAAAUGAAGAGUGCAGAAGUAAGGCAGAUGUUUUUUGACUACUUCCAAAAGCAGCACAACCACACCUAUCAACACAGCUCCCCGACCAUUCCUCAUGAUGACCCUACAUUGCUUUUUGCUAAUGCGGGCAUGAAUCAAUUUAAGCCCAUUUUUAUAGGAACUGUAGAUCCCAGCAGUGACAUGGCCAACUUGGUGCGUGCUGUCAACUCUCAGAAGUGCAUCCGUGCUGGUGGAAAACAUAACGAUCUUGAUGAUGUUGGCAAGGAUGUGUACCACCACACUUUCUUUGAAAUGUUGGGCAACUGGUCUUUUGGGGAUUACUUCAAGAAAGAGGUAUGUGCUUGGGCUUGGGAUCUUCUUGUUAACUGGUACAAGUUACCUAAAGAACGUCUAUAUGUCACCUAUUUUGGAGGUGACACAAGACAGGGCCUUGAACCAGAUCUGGAGUGUAAGCAGAUCUGGCAAGACUUGGGUGUACCAGAAGAUCGCAUAUUGCCUGGGAAUAUGAAAGACAACUUUUGGGAAAUGGGGGAAACAGGGCCAUGCGGACCGUGCUCUGAGAUUCACUUUGAUCGUAUUGGAGGGCGUCAUGUUCCCCACCUUGUCAAUAUGGAUGACCCAGAUGUUUUGGAGAUAUGGAAUCUUGUAUUUAUGCAGUUCAAUAGAGAAGCAGAUGGCUCUCUGAAAUCUUUGCCCAAAAAACAUAUUGACUGUGGUUUGGGUCUUGAACGUCUGGUGUCAAUUCUUCAAAACAAGAGAUCUAAUUAUGAUACUGAUCUUUUCAUGCCGAUUUUCGAAGCCAUUGAAAAGUCAUCGGGUAGUAAGCCAUACUCUGGUAAAGUUGGCGAGGAGGAUGUUGAUGGAACUGACAUGGCUUAUAGGGUAUUAGCUGAUCACAUCCGAACUCUAACAAUAGCAUUGUCUGAUGGUGGCAUGCCUGAUAACACAGGAAGAGGUUAUGUCCUGCGGCGAAUUUUGAGGCGAGGUAUUCGUUAUGCUUCAGAGAAGUUGGGAAUGAAACCAGGAAUGUUUGCUGAUCUCGUUGAUGUAGUAGUCAAGUUACUAAAGGAUGCUUUCCCAGAAGUGUCAAAAGACCCAGAAUAUAUUAAAGAUGUAAUAAACGAAGAGGAAUUGCAGUUUUUGAAAACUCUAGUCAGGGGAGAGAAAAUGUUUGGGCGUACCAUAGGGAAACUUGGUGGGAGUCGUGUAGUUCCGGGUGAUGUGGCAUGGAGGCUUUAUGAUACUUACGGGUUCCCAGUUGACCUGACCCAGUUAAUGGCUGAAGAGAAAGGUCUGGCUGUUGAUAUGGUAAGCUUUGAAGAAAAUAAGAAGGAAGCUCAGGAAAAAUCAAGAGGGGAGAAUAAAGACAGGGAUAAUUCCUUCAGGCUGGAUGUUCAUGCCAUUGAAGAUCUUAAAAGUAGGAAUGUGCCGUUCACAGAUGACAGUUUAAAGUUUGCAUAUUCUGCUGAAGAGACUCCUGCAUCAACUUACAAGUUCCAGUCAUGCAUUGGGAAAGUCAUUGCUAUUAGGCAUAACAACCAGUUUGUAGAGAAGGCUACAUCUGGAAAUAGAUGUAGUAUCAUUCUUGAUAAGACAAACUUCUAUGCUGAAAGUGGUGGUCAGAUGUUUGAUGAAGGAUUUAUGAUUAAAAUUAACGAUGAAGAAACUGAAUUUAAGGUAGAGUCGGUGGAAGUGAAAGGUGGUUUUGUGUGCCAUGUUGGUGUGGUUGAAGGUUCAAUAAGUCUUGGAGAUGACUUAAAUCUUAGUUUUGACUGGGAGCGCAGGAAGCAACUUAUGAAUAAUCACACAGGCACUCACAUUCUAAAUUUUGCUCUGCGCCAAGUGCUCUCUGCAGAGGCAGACCAAAAGGGCUCCUUGGUGGCUCCUGACAGACUUCGAUUUGAUUUUACAAGCAAGGGUGCCAUGACUGUAGAUCAGGUGAGGAAGACUGAAGAAAUUGCCAGAGAAAUGGUCAAAGAAAAUAAACCAGUUUAUGCUAAAACUGCACAACUGUCUGUUGCAAAGAGCAUUCAGGGCCUGCGUGCAGUGUUUGGAGAAGUAUACCCAGAUCCGGUAAGGGUGGUUUCUGUGGGCAUCCCAGUUGAAACUUUGGAAGCUGACCCUCAGAGUCCAGCUGGAAGUGUCACUAGCAUUGAAUUCUGUGGUGGGACUCACCUCCUUUAUACUGGUCAUGUGAGAGAUUUUGUUAUUGUCAGUGAGGAAGCUAUUGCAAAAGGAAUACGGCGAAUUGUUGCUGUCACUGGUCCGGAUGCUAUUAAAGCCUUAAACAAAGCUUCACAUCUAGAGAAUGAAAUCAACAUUUUAAAGAAAAAAAUAGAAGGAAAUGAUAUUCCAUUCAGAGAAGUUAUUCGCCUUCUCACAGAAGUAUUAAUGGAUAUUAAUCAUGCACAUAUUCAACACUGGAAAAAGGAAGAGCUACGGAAGGCAGUUGAAGCCAUCAAGAAAGUCCAUGGUGAUGCAGACAGGGCACGAAAAGCAGCAAUUUCAAAGCAGGCUAUUCAGAUUACGAAGAAUCUGCUGGCAGCUAACGCUAACAUUCCAUAUUUAGUGACUGAAAUGAAGGCAUUUGCUCAGAAUAAAGUCAUUAAUGAUGCCUUGAAGGAGGUAAAGAAUGGACCUCCAUCUCUAUUUAUUAGUGCUGAUGACGACACUGGAAAAAUUCUUGCUAUGGCAUCUGUUCCAAAGAAUGAGGUUGCCAAAGGUUUAAAAGCUGAUGAAUGGGUUAAAAAUUUGAUAACUCUCUUAAAUGGCAAAGGUGGUGGCAAACCCGAGUCUGCUCAGGUGAGCGGCACUAAUGUGAAUGCUUUGAAGGAGGCAUUGACCCUUUCUGAAAAAUUUGCCCAAGAGAAAUUAGGUGUUGGAGCAGUAGUCUUGGCUGCUCCUCAAACUGUUACUAGUAAUGUAAACCAACCAAAGGACAUUCAGAGUAAGAGUGAAAAGGGAGAAAGUCGGAGUAAGAGUGAAAAGGGAGAAAGUCGGAGUAAAAGUGAAAAGGGGGCAAGUCGGAGUAAGAAUGAAAAGGGAGCAAGUCAGAGUACAAAUAAAGAAACUGCUCAGGGCACGAAAAACGGACUAGUACUUCAUUCGUACCUUAACAAUGUCCGUGCCUUUCCAGCACUUAUAGCUGCAAAAUAUUCUGGGACAGACAUCACAAUUUCAGAGGAUUUCAAGAUUGGAGUAACAAAUGUUACUGAACAAUAUAUUUCUCGGUUUGGCUCGAGUGUAGUUCCUGGCCUAGAAACUCCAACUGGGACUCUGGUUGGGAGUGUAGCACCAGCCUGGUAUCUUGCACCUGCUACACUCAAGGGGGGAAGUACAGCUGAUCAAGGACAGGUCUUAAGUUGGAUGUCGACUGCUGACAGUCUUUUAUUGCCAUUUGUGUGCUCGGGGAUGGUUGUUCCGCCAACGUCCAAGAACGGGAGUAAUGAAGGUGGUGCACGUGAAGCUGCUAUGAAGGAGUUGCAGAAGCUUAAUGUUUACCUUCGUGAUCAUACUUUCCUAGUUGGAGAGAGAAUAUCGCUUGCUGAUAUAAGUGUGUUUGCAUCGCUGAUACCGGCUUUCCAAAAUAGUCUGGAUGGUGCAAUUCGGAAGACGAUGCCUUGUCUAACUCGUUGGUUCAACACUGUUCUGCACCAGCCUCAGGUUACUCAGGUGGUUGGAACACUUGCUAUUCAAUAACCCUCAUAGUGAUGUAGCUGUUAUUGAAGACAAGUGACCAAUUUAACCUUUGCUCUGUCUCUGCUCUUUAAUGUCUCAAAUUAAACAAUUUAAAUAGAAAGUUUUGUUAUAACAGUGAAGAUAAGGUUCUAUGGAAUUUGCCCGGUAUUAAUUUGUCUAUAAUAAAAUUUUGGUUUUACAGUAUUUACAUUUUUACAAUGAAAGUAUUUUGAUUUCAUAGGAAUUUUAUUAUUCAUUUAUAUUGCAUUACAAACUGCAGUAGAGGUGAUAAACUUGAAUGAAUGCUCUAUUUCUUAUAUCGUUAUUAUGAAUAAUUUUAUUAAUUUUUGGAAACAUGAGUAUUAUUUUUUUGUAUCUUCAGAUCUAGUUUUCUAGAGUUGUAAUUAUUCAUGUGUGGCGCAAAAGGAGUACAGUACGUGUAUCACCAGAAUACCAAAAAGAACAUUUUUAUUUAUUGAUCAUCUUAAAUUUUUUAUAAAUUUCAAAUACAGUAUAGUAUACAUACAUAUAUAUACGGUCUUCGAUUUCUUUCUUGGUGGCAUGUACAAAUAUGUGAGGUUGUCUGGAGGUUGUUGUUAUAGGUGAAGUUUCACAAAUGUUAGAACAUGGUUUAUACCAUAGUAUUAAAUGCAGAUAAAAAUUGAA